AAAAUCUCGAGAAAAAAAAACAUAAAAUUCGUUUGCUUUAUUUUUCAUUUGUUCUCGUUGUGGCGUACGUAGUUCGAUCGUGAUGUGGAUUUGCAGUGAAAUCCGUGUCAAUAUCAAAACUUUAAAAUUAAUUAAUAAUUAGAAGAAGAAGAAAAAAUGUCAGAAGACCCCUUUUACCCUUUAACGCAAAACCAUCUGAUUUCUGAAAAUUAUUAAUUAGAAGUUCUGUUAAAGCAAGAACAGUACAUCCAACAUUAAACAUGACUGACUGAAAUGGCAGAGAAUACUGCACUAAAACGAUGUGCAAGAGAAUGAGAGAGAGCGAAAAGAUUCGUAAUAAACAAUUGCACAGACAGUCAAGACGCAAUAAACCGUAAGGUCCAGAAAAAUAACAUACAAUUUACUUUUGGAUUGUCAUAAGGCAUUUAACUAAAGCUAGUCCAGUUGGACCAGUGGGGUAGGUAAAUCCAUUGGCAAGAAAAAACAGAUGGAAGAAAAACCUUCGGCAAUUGUAGAGACACGUAGGGCAAACGAGUCAAGCGAUUCCUCAGAAGAAGCCUUAACAAUAAUAAAAGAUAUACUGAGGCGCCGCUGUCGAUUAAUGAGAAUAGAAGGAAACGCCACGGGCGAAGAUUCACACUCUUACAAUAAAAAAAAUGGUACCAUAUAAUAAUAAAAUAAGGCAACAGUUGUGAUAACAAAUGCAUUUACUGAGGUCGCCAUCAGCGAGUCUUUUGGUCGUCAUAGGCUAUUCUAGGGUAGCCUUCUAUAUUGUGUAAUAGGUUUGGGUUCGCAUUCAAUCCAGUGUUGACCAGGUUUAAUGCGACAACUCAAAUCUCGGUGGUUUUUGGCUACUAUUUACACUUGCAUUCCUCAUGCUUAAGAAAUCUUCCCAGAUCAACUGUACACACACCCUAACAUACGUUUUAGCCUUGCAUUAGAAAGUAAUAGUAAUAGUCAUAAUUCAUAACAUUGGGUUAUUCUUUUUACAGAAAAUAUACGGACACGCCUGAAUGCAUUGUCACAUCACCACAAGGUCCAAAAAUCAUCGGUUAUCAACGAGUCUUACUUUUCUCUCUAAUAAUUCCUACAUUCUAUGACAAAAUACACUUCACCACAACCUUCCAAAGUCAGAAAGCAGCUAAAAAAAAACAUGAGAAAUACUAAAAUACUAAAAACAAACCAAAACGAUGUUUUAAGAACAUCAAGCAUUUUCCGGUCACUUACAAGGCAAACAAGCCUGCGUGGAUGACAUCGCAAAUUUUUGCAGAAGAGAUACCGAAAUGAGAUGCAGAAUUAAAGGGGAGGGAAAUAUUACUUCUCUUAGAUAACUGCCCUGCACAUCCACAUAUUCCAAAUCUACGGAACAUUGAAGUGGUAUUUGUUCCAGCCAAUAAAAAGUCGUGAGAGUCGAUAGAUAACUGCCCUGUAUAUCCUCAUAUUCCAAAUCUACGGAACAUUGAAUUGAUAUUUCUUCCAGUCAAAACAACAAGUGUAUUACAGCCGAUGGCGUAAUAAAAAGUCUUAAGAGUCGAUACGGGAAAAACAUUUUAAUGCAAAUAAUCGAUUCCGAAGACAAAUUUUCCAUUAAUAUCCUAGAUGCAGUCAACUUUAUUAGUAAAGCUUGGAAAGAGGCGACAGCAGAAACAAUUCCACACUCCUACCGUUAUACAGGACUUAUUACCAAGACAGAAUGCGAAAAGGACUUGGAAGAUGAUCAGCCAUUAAGGGAGAGGAUAAAGCAGUUUCAAACAACAAUUAAGUUUACAAGUGAGGAGGUGCAAGAUUUUAUGGUGAUAGAUCAGGAUUUGCCAUAUUGCAACAAGCAAGAAAGGGUGAUGAAGAGCACCAAGAGGAAGAAGAAGUUGAUCUGGGACCACCACCAACCAUUCAACAAGCCCUAUAUUCAGUUAAGCUGCAAAAGAAUUUUUUUAUGUAUCAUGUGCCCCUCUCGAAGAAAUGGUGAAAGUACAAACCAAAGUACAAGAUGCGUAUUGGCAUACUAAAAGAAUUCAAAAGAAAUAACCGAUUAUUUGAAACACAUAUGCGUAUUUUUCAAGUGCCUACAACUCUUUAUAAAGAAAAAAAAAGCUGACUUGGAUAAAACUCUAUAAAUAUGGAGGUAGGCGCCAUAUAGACGUGCAAAUUUUCCGAAAAAACGAUCGGACACGCACGCCACUGGCCCGCCGCUUAGAACACGCGACCACGCUUGAGAUCUCGCACAACGAAUCGGACCCAAUCAAAACCAGAAUGAAAUGAUUUACACCAGACGUUUAAGCAACCCAGUAAUAUGCAGUUUCCUUUGGUUCGGGGGGCUACGACGUACGGCGACUCUUUUAAGUGCCGAGAAACGAUUGUUAUUUUAUGCGAGAGCGUUCGUAAUUGCACUGGGUCAACGAAGCUCAUAUCCUUGGUACUCCAAAAGCAGCUGGCCCGAGUACUCAAAGCCAAGUCGUACCAUGCGUUAGACCCCGUCCGGUUCGAGGAAGCCCUCACGGACUUGAAACUGAGCCCCCAGACCCUCAAGACGAGGCUCGCGGGAGAAAGGGUAAUCUGCACGACUUGCCGCCUACUCGUGCACAACAUCCAGACGGGAGUGGUACCGCUGGACCAGGUCGUAUCGACCUUUUGCAACCUCUACAUCACGUUCCAGACGUGGACGAUCAGCGAUUUUUGCCACCAAAUCAUCAAAAUCAACAAGCCGAUUUUAGACUACGUCAUUCGCGGCAGCUCGAUCCUGAGCCCGGAGUACGCGUGCGCAGUGCUCCUGCAGAACGAGAACUGCUACGUGGAGCACCCGGCGCUUCUCUGGCGUACGAAAGUGCCCGAGGGGCCCCCCAAGGUGCCCCGGGUGCCGCCGUCGCCGCCGAAGAGGCCUAUCAAGAUCCUGCACGUCAGUGAUUUUCACGUGACGCACGACUACGAGGUAGGGGGCGUGGCCGACUGCGGUUACCCCGUGUGCUGCAAACGGGGACUGGGCAACAGGCUGCGGGGCGCCAAUGCCGGCGUCUGGGGCCACUACAAUUGCGACGUCCCGCCGUGGAUGUUCGCGCAUGCGCUGACACACAUCUCCGACGUCCACAAGGAUAUCGACGCGAUCUACUUUACCGGCGACGUCAUAGACCACAGUGUAUGGAAAGCGUCAUCGAUGGAGAACUCGAAGCAAAUCGCUUACGUUUAUCAGAAACUGGCGUCCAGCUUCCCGAAUACGCCUGUACUGCCCGUCUUAGGCAACCACGAGGCGGCACCUUUAAAUGUGUUCGCCCCGCCGAAUGUCACUCGGGCCGAGUUUUCGCAGUCCUGGCUUUACGGUUUGAGCGAUCGGUUGUGGAGUCGCUGGCUAGGAGAUAGCUCGAAAACCAUCUCCAGACAGGGCUACUACUCAGUGAUGGCGAACGACAAGCUAAAAAUCGUCGGCUUGAACAACAAUGUCUGUUACAUAUACAACUGGUGGCUGCUGUACGAUACGACGUUUCUCGUGGAGCAGCUCGAUUUCCUUCGAGACGAAUUGCUGGACGCCGAGGACAAAGGUCAGUUCGUUCACAUAUUGGGUCACGUGUUUCCUGGAGAGCGUGAAUGUGUCGAACCUUGGGAGGCGAGCUAUAACGCGUUGGUCGCCAGAUUUUCGCACGUGAUCAAAGGUCAAUUUUUCGGACACACGCACACCGACGCGUUCAAGAUAUUCUACGACGAAGGAAGGCCUGUGAGCGUGGCUUAUAACGGCGGCAGCCUCACCCCGUACACCAACUACAACCCUAACUACAAGAUCGUCACCGUGGACGGGCACAAUUACGACGUUGUCGAUAUAGACACAUACUACUUCAACGUGACUCAGGCCAACUUGCACCCUAACAUUACGCCGAGAUGGCGAAAAUUGUACUCGACGAGGGAGGCGUACGGUCUUCCGGCGCUGUCACCCGCGUAUUUCGACGCCCUGGCAAGAAAAAUGUCCGAAAAUGACGCGCUGUUCGACAAAUACUGGAGGUUUUACGUCAGAGAAGGCGACGUUUCGAUCGCGCAAGGCUGCGACCGCGAUUGCAGGCAGAUCCUCCUUGAUAGCAUAACGAGGACAGUUUCAUUGACAGCAGCGUAGUACACAUCGAUUCUCACCGUAUGUGUUCUGUGACAUUUAAUUAGAAAAAAA